AUGCACGCCUUCACUGCCAUCAUCGCCGCAUCCGGCCUCCUUGCUUCCGUUUCCGCCUCUCCCAUGCUCAUCAUCAGAGACACCUGCGGCAGUGCACCUUCAGCCAGCGGCAGUCAAACCCCCAUCUCUCAACCAACCGGCAUCACAACCGCUCAAGCAUGCGAAGCUCAAUGCGAAGCCAACUCGGCCUGUGAAUCCUUUGUCUUCGGCAUGGUCGAUAACACUGUCGAAUGCAUGCUCUACUCCGUAGCAGCUUCAUCCGUUCCGACUCAAUCAUCCAGCAACCUGGUCGUCUACGACAAAGCCUGCUCUUCAAUCCCGGCCGUCGUCCCUACCACGUCCAACCCCACCGGCGCAGCCACCUCGACAUCCAACACCGGCACCAACAACGGUGGCGGCUCUACAAAUGGCAACCAAAACCACAAGCGAGACACCUGCGGCAGCUCACCCACGGGCACAACAUCCCAAGCACCCCUCUCAACACCGGCUGGGAUCACCACCGCUGCAAACUGCCAAGCACAAUGUGACGCCAACUCAGCUUGCGAGUCGUUCGUCUUCGGAAUGGUCAAUAAUGCUGAUGAGUGUAUUCUUUACUCUGUAGCUGCCGCUUCGGUGCCUACCCAGACGAGCUCUAAUCUUGUAGCCUACGACAAGGCUUGUGCUUCGGUUCCUACGCAGACUCCUACUACUAGCAACCCGACUGGUGCUGAUAAUGGGUCUACUGGAAGCACCGGGAGCACUGGCAGUACUGGCAGCACGGGAAAUACAGGAAACACCGGAUCUAACACGGGAUCUAACACUGGUUCCAAUACCGGCAACGGAGCAACCAAGCCCGCCAAAGCUUAA